CACCACAAAAACCAUAUACUUUUUCCAAUUUUUAAAAAACAAAACUCUUAAAAGUUUCUGUGUCUUUUUUUUUUCUUUUUUUUUUUGGAGAAUUGAAACAUAUGAAGCAAUCGUCAUAGAAGCAGCAGAGAUUCACCUUCUUCACUCUCCUUUCUUUAUCUUUCCCUCUCAGAAACAGAGAACCAAAAAAAAAUUCAAAAAAAGAAAAAGAACAACGCCAAACCAAAACGAUGGCGUUUCAUCACAAUCAUCUUUCUCAAGACCUCUCCUUCAAUCAUUUCACCGACCAACACCAACCACCUCCUCCGCAACCGCAACCUCCUCCUCCUCCUCCGCAACCGCAACAUUUCCAAGAAGCUCCUCCUCCUAACUGGCUCAACUCAGCGCUUCUCCGCUCCUCAGACAACAACGGCAACAACAAUUUCCUCAACCUCCACACAGCCACCGCGAACACAACCACCGCUAGCAGCUCUGACUCUCCUUCCUCCGCCGCCGUCGCUGCUAACCAGUGGCUAUCUCGCUCCUCUUCCUUCCUCCAACGAAACAACAACAACAACAACGCGACCGCUUCCGCCGUUGUUGGAGACGGAAUCGAUGACGUCACUGGAGGAGGAGGAGGAGGAGGAGGACCGGAGACGAUGAUUGGCGGAGAGAUGAAAAGCGGAGGAGAUAACAAAAACGACGGAGGAGGAGUCGCGGUGGCGGACGGGGUUGUGAGCUGGCAGAAUGCGAGACACAAGGCGGAGAUCCUCUCUCAUCCUCUCUACGAGCAGCUUUUGUCGGCGCACGUUGCGUGUUUGAGAAUCGCUACUCCUGUUGAUCAGCUUCCGAGGAUCGACGCUCAGCUUGCUCAGUCGCAGCACGUCGUCGCUAAGUACUCAGCUUUAGGCGCCGCCGCUCAAGGACUCGUCGGCGACGACAAAGAGCUUGACCAGUUCAUGACGCAUUAUGUGCUGCUUCUGUGUUCUUUCAAAGAGCAAUUGCAACAACAUGUGCGUGUUCAUGCUAUGGAAGCUGUGAUGGCUUGUUGGGAGAUUGAGCAGUCUCUUCAAAGCUUAACAGGAGUGUCUCCUGGUGAAGGGAUGGGAGCAACAAUGUCGGAUGAUGAGGAUGAGCAAGUAGAGAGUGAUGCUAAUAUGUUCGAUGGGAGCUUAGAUGUCUUAGGGUUUGGUCCUCUGGUUCCUACCGAAAGCGAGAGAUCCUUGAUGGAAAGAGUUAGACAAGAACUUAAGCAUGAACUCAAACAGGGUUACAAGGAGAAGAUAGUAGACAUAAGAGAGGAGAUACUGAGGAAGAGAAGAGCUGGGAAAUUACCAGGAGACACCACCUCUGUUCUCAAAGCAUGGUGGCAAUCUCAUUCGAAAUGGCCUUACCCUACUGAGGAAGAUAAGGCGAGAUUGGUGCAGGAGACAGGUUUGCAGCUAAAGCAGAUAAACAAUUGGUUCAUCAAUCAGAGAAAGAGGAACUGGCACAGCAAUCCAUCUUCUUCCACUGUCUUAAAGAACAAACGCAAAAGGUGACAACAGCGGAAGAGAGCGUUUUGCGUAGAAAGAACAGAGAUAAGUGAAUUUGGGAGGUGGAAGAUGGAAUUCGAGUUUCAGGGUUUAGGGGUUAAGGUUGAGAAAUUUAUGGAGGAGUUUGGGUUAUACAGAGAGAGGGGACAGUAUUAGAAAGUAACUUUUUGUGCAAUUACAUAGUACGUAGUUUUGGUUUAUGUGUCAUGCUGCCCAUAUAUUUUAUUAAGUAGUACACAAACCCAAAAAAAAAAAAAAGAUUAAAAAGAAAAGGAGAUUCAGGCUUUUGUUUAAUGUUUGUUGUUGUUUGUGUUUGCUUGUCUGCAUGAGUUUUAUUUAUGAACCAUCAGAUAAUCAUCAUCAUCAUUAUGUCUUGUGAGUAAGAAGAUAGCGAGAGGAGAGUAUUGUGAUGCACAGUUUUUAUAACCUUUUUUUAUAGUUCAGUUCAGUCUAUAUGUUCCUCCGUAUUAA